AUGAAUUGGGCUGCGGCUGUGUCUGGGGCGCUUAAACAUCCCCAUCCUUCAGGGCCCGACUAUAUCGACCGCCCGAUCAUUACGGAUUGGCUCCAGCAAAAGCUCAACAAAUCCCCCAGUCGCGCUGCGCUUGUUGGACUUGGUGGUAUCGGCAAGUCUAAGCUCGCCAUCCGCUACGCCGAACAAGUCUGCAAAGAAUCACCGGAUACAUACAUCUUUUGGGUUAAUUCGGCCACCAAAGACACAUUUGUUCAAGGAUUUCGUCGUAUCUCUGAGAAACUCGGCCUCCCUAAUGAGUAUGGUGUUGGCACCGAUAUGCUCAGGCAGGUGUUCAACUGGCUGCGUGAUGGAGAGAAUGGGCCGUGGGUUAUGAUCCUCGAUAAUGCGGACGAUUACUUCGUGUUCAGGAAUGAAAGAACCAACAGCGACGUACCUCCGGCCAUAGACUCGGGGGUGCUUGAUUCCUUCCUACCACAGACUGGUAACGGCAGAAUCCUGAUUACAUCCCGCAGUCAAGACACAGCCAGGAUACUAGCGCUUGGCCUUGACAACAUUCGGGUGGUUCGAGAAAUGGAAGAGGAUCAGGCGAGAUUACUUUUCAGCAGAAAGCUCGGUGAUCUCGGCGAAAAUGACGAAAUUUCACGGAAGGUUGUUCUCGCCCUGAACUGCAUUCCUCUUUGCAUCUCCCAAGCGGCGGCAUAUAUCCAUAAGCUACGGCCUCGGAUGACGUGUGCUAAGUACUUGGAGAAGUUCAAUGGCAGGAACUUCGUUUUCCUCAGCAGUCGUGACAACAAGGUGGAGAUCAAGACCUGGAAGAUCACUUUCAAUCAAAUACGCGACGAGCGGCAGUCCGCUGCUGACCUGUUGUCCUUGAUGAGCUUCUUUCAGCCCCAGGGAAUUCCGGAGUGGGUACUCCAGAAGCACUACAGCGAGAUGGACAACGAGAACAGCAGCCUUGAUAUUGGUCAUAAUGGCGAGGACGAAUUUGAGAAUGAUCUCAUUCUACUACGCGACUACUCCCUUGUGACAGUGGCUCAAGACACAAAAGCGUUCCAGAUGCACAGCCUUGUGCAAUCUUUUACGCGAAGCUGGUUGGAAGCUUCGCAUGAGGAUCACAAAUGGAGGCGCUGCUUUCGGCAACUGAUGAUCACAAAUUAUCCCAAAAAUCGGCCAGAAAACUGGGGUGCUUGUGGUGAAUUGACGCCACAUGUUGAGCCCUUUGUGAAUACAACUGCCUGUCAGCUGAAAGGUGUAGACGAAGCAAUUCAUUUUGUAGAGCUGCUUCGUAAAAUCGGGGAGUAUGUUGAUGAUAUGGUUAUGAACGAGAUGGCGUUGAGGCUCGUCAACAAAGCCGAGCAACUGGCUGUGCAAAGACUAGGCCAACACCACGAACAGGUUUACAGAAUUUCAACCACCAAAGCGAAGAUAUUGGUUUACAGCGGGUCCGUGGCUGCGGCGGAAGAAGCUGCCCUUCGAGCAUACCGAGGCUUUACUAGCCUUCUCGGCUUGGACAAUCCAGAUACCCGUUAUGCAAGAGAGAUAUAUGCCUUGUCCCUGUCGACAGCAGGAAGACUAGAUGAAGCGCAAGCUAUAUUUGUGGAAGUGCUGGAGUCCCAGAAGCGUGUCGCAGGUGCUGAUGUUAUGGGGUCAAGUCUUACCCUCCAUGGGCUUGCGAGCAUUGCUGGCAGAAAAGGCGAUCAUAAAGAAGCGGAGAGACUUUACCGACUGGCAUACCAGUCCAACUGUAGUACACACGGCUUGACGUCUCCGCUCACAGUUGUCAGUUUGAAUGGCAUUGCAGUUGUUUUAGUGGAACAAGGAAGAUGGGCAAAGGCGGAGCCUAUCAUCGAUGAAGCGGUGGAGCGACUUCAUAAAGUAAUGGGUCCAGAUCAUCCGAAUACACUUGAGGCUGGUAUUCUUCAAGCUAGCAAGUUGGUCUAUCAAAAGCGAUUCAAGGAGGCCGAAGACCUACUAUGCAGAGUAUGGAAGGCCCGGAAGAGAGUACUCGGUCUGGAGCACCCUUCAACAAUGAGGACUCUCAAUGGGUAUAGAGACAUUCUGACACGUCAAGGUCCUGAGCACCCUGAUACAAUUGACAACUUGAAAUGGGUUGGAUAUCUGGAUAUGAAAAUUGGGAAUUUCGAGGAAGCAGACGACGUUCUUCAUCAAGUGUUGGAACUACAGAAGCGGGUACUAGGUCCAGAGCACCAUAAGCUGCUUGACACCCUUAGUCAUCUUGGAUUCAUUAGCAACUAUCUACGACGCUUUGAAGAUGCAGAAGGGUUCUUUCGUCAACACCGCCAGCUGGAGCAGCAGAUUCGAGGCCCUACGCAUCCUGACACGCUCACAAUUCUUGAAAGGGUUUGGCUCUUGGUAAGAGGAAUGCUCUCGGUAUAAGAAGGCGGAGAUCUUUCACCAAAUCAUUGAGUUGGAAAAAACAAGCAUCGCCGCCCAGGAACGGAAAAGUGUUGGAAACCAUGACUAUGAUUGUGAGGAUUUUAAGAAAUCAGGGCAAAGAUGAGGAGGCAAGAAAGGUGGAAGACGAAUGGAACAUACAGGUAACUGUAGAUGGG